AUGCCACUACCCACCCGCACCGAGUUCUAUCGCGACCAUUUGGCGCCGUGUCGCAUUCUGCCAGGCGCCCCCAAGUUCAUCGACAUCGGCAUCUGCGUCGUUUGCCAAGAGGAUUUUAACGAUGCGUCAUAUGAUAUGAUCUCCGUCAAAAGCUGUUCGCACGUCUUCCACCGAAAGUGCAUCAUCCAAUGGACUGAGAGCUGGGGCUCGCCGCGCGACAAAUGCCCUUCAUGUCGGGAGGCGAUGUACCAGUACAUACCGACGACGUAUCCUGAGAUCGCGGCCAUGCAGGAAGCGCAG